AUGUCUCCUUUUAUCAACACUGAUUCAAACUCUGCCGGGCGGAAUGGCAUGAAUCGGAAGUUACUCAGUGAAGUUCAUCAGGAUCUUGUCAGCCAAGCAGGAAGGAUUAUUCCAGACUUGCAGACUAUUCGUGAACUGGGCCAGGCAUCCUUCAAUGGGGGCUUAGUUGACGAUAGGAAGUAUCUGAUCGAAAAUAUCAUCCAGGCCACGGCAUCCCUGCCCAAUACCUCCGCAGUGCGAGAUAAAAUCACCGAUACUUUUAUCACCACCCUCUGGGGCAACCUGAAGCAUCCUCCGUUGUCCUAUCUUGGGGAUAAAUUCAAGUAUCGAACAGCCGAUGGAAGCUAUAACAAUAUUAUGUAUCCCCAUCUUGGGGCGUCCGGAAGCCAUUAUGCGCGGACUGUCACCCCCCCAGCAUCCAAGGCCCGCUCCCUCCUGGCCCGCAGUGGCCCCGCCAAGGAGCAUCCAAGCAAGAUAUCAAGCAAUCUCUUCUAUCUAGCUACAGUGAUCAUUCACGACUUGUUCCACACAGACGAACAGGACAGCACCAGAUUGAAGAAUUCCUCAUAUCUUGACCUCGGCCCGCUAUACGGCCAUAACCAAGACCAGCAAAAUCAAGUGAGGACUUUUACCGAUGGCCGUCUUAAACCUGAUACCUUUCCUGAAAAAAGACUCCUCACGCAACCGCCGGGUGUCUGUGCAUUGUUAGUCGCUUUCAAUCGGUUUCACAAUUGGUUAGUGGGAGAGCUGGCUUUUAUAAACGAAGCUGGAAGGUUCAGUUUGCCCACUGGGAUGACGCACGAUGAUCUUGGGUAUGCUGAAGCGGUGGCCAAGAGGGAUAAUGAUCUAUUCCAAACAGGAAGAUUGAUAACAUGUGGCUUAUAUGUCAAUAUCAUCCUCAACGACUAUCUCCGGGCCAUCCUGAACCUCAACGAGAAUCCCACAGACUCAAACUGGAAACUUGACCCAAGAGAGAACCUGGAAAUCUUCGACAAAGAUUGUGUCCCUCGAGGAGUCGGCAACCAGGUCAGCGCUGAGUUCAACAUGAUUUACCGAUGGCACGCGGCCAUCAGUAAUCACGAUGAAGCGUGGAUGAAUAGCCUCUUCGAGAAAAUUUUCGGAUCCGAUGUUGAUGCUAGCACACUGUCGGUGAAUCAAUUCCUAAAUGGGAUUCGGCAGUAUUUUCAAGACAAGGAACCAGGAGAACCAGAAACGUGGACGUUUGGAGGUUUAAAGCGACAAGAUAAUGGAAGCUUCACUGAUGGUGAGCUUGUGAGCCUGUUGUCUCAAGGGUGUGAGAACGUUGCGGGGGCAUUUGGCGCCAGAGGCGUUCCAAAGGUAAUGAAGGCCAUUGAAAUGCUUGGAAUCGAGCAGGGGCGACAGUGGGAAUUGGCCACGUUGAAUGAGUUCAGAUUGUUCUUCAAGCUGGAACCAUAUUCGGCUUUCUCCGAGGUCAACCCAGAUCCUGCUAUUGCAGACACACUGGAGGCAUUAUACGGCCACCCAGACAAUAUAGAGCUAUAUGUUGGGAUUCAGGCGGAAGAAGCCAAGAAGCCCUUCUACCCAGGCUCCGGACUAUGUCCUGGAUUCACCAUCUCAGUGGCCGUUCUGUCUGAUGCGGUUGCUCUCGUUCGUGGAGAUCGUUUCUACACGGUCGACUAUAGUCCUGCAAACUUGACCAAUUUUGGCUUCAAUGCAGUCAGCUCUGAUUUCGACGUUGCUGGUGGCGGCGUCAUGUACAAGUUGCUGAUGAGAGCCUUCCCAGGAUGGUACCAGCCAAACAGCGUCUAUGCUCUGUAUCCAUUCGUGACCCCAGGCAAGAGCCGAGACAUCAUGGAAAAGUACAUGAAAGUGAAGGACUUGGAUUUCGAUCGACCGUCAAAUGUCCCUCCACCUGUUCCUGUCACGACAUGGGAGGGCGUGACGAAGCUUCUGGAGGAUCAGAAGCGGUUCCAUGUUCCUUGGGGGCUACAUACAUUCGAAGUGACCCAUCAUGAUUACAUGCUAAGUGGAGACUCGGCUGCAAACACAGAACAAAGGCGAUUUGUCAACGAGUGUCUCUAUGAACCCAAAUCUAUGCUUGAGGAAGUGCGGCAACUCUACGAGUCGAUCACCACCGACCUGCUCCGUGGACAUAGCCGGAAGCUCGAGAACAGUUAUCAAGUUGAUAUUGUCCGAGAUGUUGGGAACCUCGCACAUGCACACUUCUGCGCACAAUUCUUCAAUAUGCCGCUCAAAGACUCCCAUAGCCCGUCAUCUGAUGCAUAUACACCGAGAGAGCUUUCUGAAGCCCUGUCCCACCUGUUCGGUUAUGUCUUUCUGGAUCUUGAGCCAACUGAAUCCUUCCGCAAUCGGGUUGUGGCAUCAAGAGAAUCGCAGCGAAUGGGCUCCAUUAUGGCCAAGGCAGUCUCAGGCACCAAGUAUAAUCUUAUGAGUCGUUUCAUGCAUGCAUUUGGGAGUUUCAUGCAUGCGUUUGGGGGAACUGAAACCGGCGCAACCAGCUAUGGCCCUCAGCUCGUCGAGAGAUUACUGAGAGGUGGUAAGAGUGUUGACGAAGUGGUGUGGACGAUCAUUCCUACAGCUGCCGCAGCGUGUGCAACUCAAGCGCAGGGAUGGGCGCAAAUGCUCGAGCUCUAUCUAUCGGAUAAGUACGCCUCGCACUGGCCGGCUAUCCGAAGACUGGCACGCUCGGACGAACCCGAGGCAUUCGAGAAACUGAAGAAAUACGCUCUAGAGGGGUUCCGUCUGUCGACUCCUGCCUUCGGUGUCCUUCGCACGUCGGUCGACGAGGCCAGCAUUGCAGACGCCAAGUCGUCCCCCACGGUCCGAGAGGGUGACUCGAUCUUCGUAGACUUUAUAACGGCUGGUCGUGACUCAUCAAAAUUUCCAAAUCCUGAGGAAAUCAGACUCGACCGUCCGGCUGAUAGCUACAUCCACCAUGGCUGGGGUCCACACGCCUGUCUCGGAAGGGCGAUUGUGACUACCGCCGGUGCUGCGCUGUUGCGAGUUCUAGGCCGGUUGGAAAAUUUCCGUCGAGUCCCUGGCCCUGCCGGAGAAAUGAAGAGCAAGUUGGUAAACGGCGCGUUCAAGCUGUAUUUACGGGAGGAUGGAUCUGACUGGGUGCCAUUUCCUCAGAAUAUGAAAGCAUCAUUCGAUUCUUUCAACUAA